GUACUGUAACAUCUUUCAUGAAACCCUGGAAGUAUCAUUAUGACGUUUUAAUUUGCCGGCAAUAGACGGCUUUCAGCCGCAAGCCCUGCCAAAAUACCAAAUAAAAUAUGCAAAAGCCUGUUUAUACGACAUACAAUACAGGUCCAUUACCAUGAAAUGCUUGCAUGCCAAGUGUUUAUCUGUGAAAAGGGAAAAUGAAAUUGUAGAGGGUUUUUUAAUUAAUGGCGUUGCUAUAAAGCCCGUUCCUAAAUCACAUUAUCCGUAAUUAGGGUUUCAUUUCAAUUUAUCUUCGAAAUUUUCAUGGCUUCUUCGAUCAUAACUCCAACUCAUAUUCGAUCAGAUUUGUAUUCGUUUUCAGGCCGGCGCGGGAAUUUUCCGUGCAUUCUGUCUGUAGUUUCAUCUCUUCUGAAUAGAAUUAUAGUUAGGAAUGAGCGGAAGCUGGAGAUUUCUAAAGAUUUAUCUUCCUCCUGCCUUUUCAGUACAAAUUUGAUACCUGAUUUGAGCAUAGAGGAAUUUUUGGAAAGGAUUUUUAAGUAUGUGAGGUGCAGUCCUUCUGUGUUUGUUGUGGCGUAUGCUUAUAUAGACAGACUGAUUUAUUACCAUUCAAAAACGUUUCGUGUCACUUCUUUGAAUGUGCACAGGCUUCUUAUUACCAGCGUCAUGAUCGCUGCCAAGUUUCUUGACGAUGUAAAUUACAACAAUGCGUAUUAUGCAGAAAUUGGAGGCAUGAAAACCAGGGAGAUUAAUACGCUUGAACUGGAGUUUCUGUUCAAGCUAAACUUUAAAUUGCAUGUCACUGUUAGUGUUUUCCAGAGCUACUGUGCACAUCUUGAGCGUGAGGUUGCUUUGGGGGGAGGGUAUCAAAUUGAGAGAAUCCUUGGAUUCGUAUCAUCAAGGAGACAGGAUUCUCAAAAGAAACUUUCUGUAGAAAGACGCAAAUAUGACAAGUAGAUGUGAAGAACAUAGUGGGACCUGUAAUAAAGAUGAAACAAAUUACUAAAAAGGCAUUACAUUUUGAUUUUAUAUAUUCUUUAGAUCUGACUCAAUCAGAUAAUCGGAAGGUGAAAACAAACAUAUACGGUAAUGCUACAACCAGGCAAGAUUUGGUUUUUAUUCCAUAAACCUAUAUUGUAUCUGUGAAGAAAAAAGGGGACUACACAAUCUGAUGUGGUGCAGUUCAUCACAGGAGGAAAACAGAGCAGGACCUGUUUUUGAGAAACAUGAACCAGCCAUGCUUCUCUAUUUUCCAUCCAUCAUCAUAUCCUUUUCUUGGGUUUGGCUAUUUGGUACAGUAAGUGUGAUAGGAUGAUCUGGCAAGAUGAGUUUUCCUUCUAUAUCUUUCCAUCUAUUUCAUUAUUCAUGGGAUUAUUUACUUUAGAAGCAAUAAAAAACUUGUUACGGAUUGUA